ACUGUUUACAAAGUUACAACACAGGAAGUUUGCUUUGACAGCGGAGAGCGUAAUGCGUUGGGGGCUGCAGAUUCACUCGCAGAUUCACAUGAUAGAAUAGUUAAUUCUCCAAUACAUCGUGAAGUUGAUGCUUAAACAGGAGCGACAAUGUUCGCGGGGCUGCCUGAGCUCGGGAUAUCCAACGGAGAGGAUCUUAAAGAAACUCUCACCAACUGUACGGAGCCCCUGAAAGCCAUUGAUCAGUUUCAGAUGGAAAAUGGCAUCCUGCUGCCAACCCUCCAGUCAGCUCUUCCCUUCCUCGACCUCCAUGGAACACCUCGGCUCGAGUUCCACCAGUCUGUCUUUGAUGAGCUUCGAGAAAAGCUGAUGGAACGAGUUGCCAUCAUUGCAGAGGGCAAGGACGAGGACAGAUAUGGGAAGCUUGAAGAACUGCUGGAGAAGAGCUUUCCCCUUGUCAAAAUGCCAUCCAUUCAGCCAGUGGUGAUGCAGGUGCUGAAGCAUCUACCCAAGGUGCCAGAAAAGAAACUGAAGAUGGUGAUGGCUGAUAAGGAGCUGUACAAAGUGUGCGCUGUAGAGGUGAAAAGGCAGAUCUGGCAGGACAACCAGGCUCUGUUUGGGGAUGAAGUCUCACCCCUCCUAAAGCAGUACAUUGUGGAGAAGGAAGCAGCCUUGUUCAGCAGUGAUCUCUCCAUCUUGCACAAUUUCUUCAGCCCAUCUCCUAAAACACGACGGCAAGGCGAGGUGGUCCUAAAACUGACACAGAUGAUUGGAAAGAACGUAAAGCUGUAUGACAUGGUGCUGCAGUUUUUACGAACACUCUUCCUGCGAACACGGAAUGUCCAUUACUGCACACUGAGAGCAGAGCUGCUGAUGUCUCUUCACGACCUGGACAUCAGUGAGAUCUGCUCCGUAGACCCCUGCCAUAAGUUUACUUGGUGUUUAGACGCCUGCAUCCGUGAGAAGUUUGUGGAUGGCAAGCGAGCCAGAGAGCUGCAAGGUUUCCUGGAUGGAGUGAAGAAAGGACAAGAGCAAGUCCUCGGGGACCUGUCCAUGAUCCUGUGUGACCCGUUUGCUUGUAAUACCCUGGUCCUGAGUAUCAUGAGGAACCUGCAAGAGCUGCUGAGUCAGGACGCUUUACCAAGGGAUAGUCCAGACCUGAUGCUGCUGCUGAGGAUGCUGUCACUGGGUCAGGGGGCGUGGGACAUGAUUGACAGCCAGGUGUUUAAAGAGCCUCGUUUGGAUUUGGAGGUGGUGACCCGCUUCCUGCCUGCCAUGAUGUCAGUGGUUGUUGAUGAUCACACCUUCACUGUAGAACAGAAGCUUCCCAGUGAAGAGAAGAGUUCAUUAACAUACCCCACCACACUGCCUGAUACCUUCAACAGGUACCUGCAGGAGAACAGAGUGGCCUGUGAAAUGGGUCUCUACUACGUCCUCCACAUUGCCAAACUGAGGAACAAGAAUGCCUUACAGAGGUUACUGCCUCCCCUGGUGGAGACCUACAAUGACAUGGCCUUUAGCGACAUCUUCCUGCACCUGCUGACUGGACACCUCACCCUCCUCUCUGAUGAGUUUGGAUCAGAAGAAUUUUGUUCUGUUGUCUUUGAUGGCUUCCUUCUUACUUCUUCUUCCAGUAAAGAGAAUGUCCACAGACACACCCUCCGGAUGUUGCUGCAUCUACACCACAAAGUGCUGCCAUCAUACAUGGAAACCUUGAUGAAAACUCUGGAACCUCCAAAACAGAGCAGCGAACCGGUGAAGGAGCUGUACACUCAGCUGACGGAGAAGCUGGAUGCCCAGAAGAAGAGCCCUCCGCCACCAGAUGAAACUCCAUCCCUGGAUUUGGGGCUGCAUCCAGUGACUGUCCCCACCACUGCCUCCACCCCAACCACGCCUCUCUGAGGCCCAGCAGAAACAAAUACAGUCACCAGCUAGCUUGUGAAUUUGAAAAAAGACCAUUUUACAUUAUUGUUCGUUCUAUGAUUUCCAUGGACGUUUAUUUUCUUUAGAUGUUUCUCUCUAAGUAGGUCUUCCAUCUCUGACAGUGUAGUCCAGCAGCCAUCUGCCUUUCUAAACUUGUGCUACAGUAUUUUCAUAUGUUUUUGGGCUAUCAGUGUGUUAUUUGAUUUGUGCCAGGAGUGCACCAUAUCUGUAAAUAAAUGAUUCUUUAGCAAUGGAAA